AUGGUUUCUUCGAUCUCAUCUGCAUCCACCGGAGUGAAAUUUGUUCCAGAAGAUACUUUUCUACAGAGACAUGCGGCCUUCUUCGACAGGAACAAAGAUGGGUUAAGAGCAAUCGGAUGUGGCUAUGUGUUCUCGGCAUUCGCUGCUGUGAUCAUCAACAUAGGUCUUAGCAGCAAAACUCGUCCCGGGAAAGGAUUCUCAUGGUCGUUCCCGAUAGAGAUUAAGAAUAUCCACCUUGCCAAGCAUGGCAGUGAUACAGACGCCUACGAUGAAAAUGGAAGGUUUGUGGCAUCGAAGUUCGAGGAGAUAUUUGCAAAGCAUGCCAAGACACAUCCCGAUGCUUUGACGAACGAGGAACUCAAACAACUUCUCAAUGCAAACAAAGAACCUAAUGAUCGUAGAGGAGCGUUUGCAGAGUGGAAGUUAUUGCAUCAUUUGUGCAAAGACAAGAACGGUUUGUUGCACAAAGAUUCAGUGAGAGCUGUCUACGAUGGUUCUAUUUUCGAAAAACUCGAGAAACAAAGAGUUUCUAAGAAAUAUCCAUAA